UACUAACGAUCUUUUUUAAUUUAAAGUUUGAAAGUUUGUGUUGUAUUGUUUUUAAAAAAGAUCUGUAAAUUGUUAGGUAUUUUUCACAUUUUAUCUUACGAGUGUACUGUUCUUCGAGCUUUUCAUAAUAAACGAACAUAAAGCGAAUUUAAAAGUAAGCCAAGGUAAUACAAUCUUCCUAUUAGAAAAUGGAAUAUGACUCUGAUACAUUUGAACAAAUAAAGAAUGAAAAUGUUGUACUUAAACAAGAUUUGGAAAUCCUAAAUCAAGAAUUACAUGAAUGUAAGAAAAAUGUUAGACUUUUACAAGCAGUUCAGGUUGAAUGUCAAAAUGAAAUUGAUAUACUGCAAUCAGAAGAAAUUAAACAAAAGCAGAAAUACCAAGAAAUAAUUAAGCAGUUGGAACAGAGUAUUCAUAACAUGCGUGCUAGUCACAAUGAUGAGAAAUUGGCGUUUGAAAACGUUAUCAUGAAAAUGGAAGAAAAAAAUGAGCGGAUGCAAGCAGAACUAGAGGUUUUUAAAGAAACUGGUAUUAAUACAACUAAUUUCGUUGGAGAUACCAGUUUACUAAUUAAAGAGAUCCUUUAUGAUCCACCAGAGAUCUAUGAAAACCAAGAGUUAAAAAAGACUUUAAGCCAUUUACAAGAAACAAAUGAAAUGUUACAAAAAAAGACGGAGGCGUACGAGACAGAACUUGAAGAUUUGAAAGAGUGUUAUGCUUGCACAAAAAGCGAUCUACAAGAGGCUAAUAUAACAAUACAAUUUUUAAACGAUGAAGUGUGCGGAUUGAAAAGUGAAAUAGAUUCCAUAAAAAAUCAACCUCUUAACCAAGAUAGUAAAGGAAAUUCUUUAUUUGCGGAAGUUGAUGACAGGAGAGUAUAUCUGCAAGACAAAAUUGAUAAAAUGAAGUCAAGCUAUAUAGCAAAGACGCAAGAAAACGCUCAACUCAAAAAUGCAGCACAUCAGUUACGAUUAGAAAAUAUGAGACUUCUGGAAAAAUGGAAAUCGGAUGUGGAAGAAAAAGACGAAGACCAAUAUGGAGUAAUUGUGACUCUAAAAUCUAGAAUUGAUACGCUGGAAAAGCUCAUUGAAAAGUAUAAGAAGGAGUUAUCGGAGAAACCUCUAAUUAUAUCAAGUAACAGUUUUGAAGAAUUAGAGUAUUAUAGCUUAACACUGAAUGAGAAAAACAAAGAAAUACAAGCGUUAAAAGAAGAAAUGAAUUCAAAAUCCUUACAGAGAUUUAUGCUUUCAUCAGAAUUAAGGGAAUCAAACGAAGAAAAACGAAAAUGGAGAUUAGAAGCUAUGUCCAAACAACAUGAACUUGACAUACUUAAGAGAGAAUUAUCAAAAGAAACGGAAAGUAGCACAAAACAAGUACAACAAGAAAAAUUAAGUUUUAUAACGUCAGCGAGGAAAGAUGUUAGCCGUAGUAGUACUGAGACUAAAAAAGACAGUGCUUGUGAAAAAAAAUUAGAAGACAGUGUUGAAAGACUUACAUUAACUGAACAGUCCCCUGACGUACAAAGGGCGUAUUUAGAUCUCUCGGAUGACCAAAAGGAAAGUGACGAUUUCGAAACCUCUGCACUAAGUAAAGAAUACCAUUGUGUUGACCACAGUGUUACAAAUAGAAGAGACACAAUAUUAAUAGAUAAGGAACACAACAAUAAAGAAAAUAAGCCUGACAACGAUGUAACUACCAAUCAAGCAAAGAGAGUUACAUUUGCUGUAAAUACCCUAUCUCCUAAAAAGACUGAAAGACGUGGAGGACGAAGAAUUUUUGUAGGAAAACCAAUUCAUUUUAAAGACUGAAGUUAAAAUUGGGCAUAUAGACCAGGGCGCAUCUGUAAAAAUAUUAAUACAUUUGGAUGUUGAGAGGUGACUCAUAUUUUUUUGCAGAAAUUGCUUGGAAAUUACUCAUAUAAUAAUAUUUGAGCUAUCCUCCCACUCAAAAAGGUCCAUAAAGUUUUUCUGGGUAAAACAUGAAGGUCCUAAGUGUAGCACAAAUGGUUGAAAAACUUGUUUCUUAUGGUUUUUUCGAAAAUUAUUGCUAUUUUGCAACAAGGGUGACAAUUUUUAAAAUGUUUCACCAAUCCUAUCUUGUAGUAAAUUUAAUUACGCAACUUUUAUGUCAGUGCAACUUUUCUCGAAAAUGAAUACUUCUAAAGUUAUAAUUCAAAAACUAAUAAAAAAAUCGAAUUUUUCCUUUAUUUUUGACAUUUUGAUUAUUUAAACAAUGUUCCGGAUCUUUUUCAGUGGGAGGAUAACUCAAUUAUUAUUAUAUGAGUUAUUUCUGCAAAAAAUAUGAGUCACCUCUCAAUAUCCAUCUCAAAACAGAUGCGCCCUGGACUAAUACCAACUGGCUUUAUUUUAAUAUCUAAUAUGUUUUAUGUUUAAAUUAAGAUAAUGGCAUAUUUUUUAUAUUUUCUGCGCAUUGUUGUAAAUAUUUUAAUGUAAUAAAAUGUUUAGUUUUAA